UACUAUUGUCCUUAUGCCAAUACAUAAAUAUUUAGUAUGCACCUGUCCAAUACAUCGUUUGUCCAUUGUACAAUGGCUUUUACAAUAUUAAUUCCAACAUAAUGCAGCUAUUGCUAGAUUUGAUGUCACAAAAACUCUUUUGUUCAAAGAAAAUCAGUUAUCUGAGCUAGCUUGGAUGCAUCCUUGGAAGAUAUGCUUUAGUCAAACACAAGUUGUUGGGACCAAUAUGGGGUAACAGGGUCAAAUUUGAUAGCCUUUGAUAUACAGGAUGUCAGACUACUAGAUGAUCUGAUGGUCCCUUAUGGUCUUGAAAUCAAUUAGCCAGGAAAGCUGGGUGAAUAAUGGAUUUUUUGAUUCAGUGGCAAUUUCAAAAAGUUUAAAAAAUUCAUUUUGGGUCUCACCAAAAUAAAAAAAAAUAAUAAAAAAAUUGGACAAAUUGAGAAGUAAAAAGAAAAAAAAUUGUUUGGGUCAAAUGAAACAUUUCAUUUGGACCAAACCAAAAUAUGCUAUUUCAAUUUUGACCAUUUUAAAAUGUUUUAGAAUUUUAAAAACAACAUUAAAGAACUUUUUGAAACAAAACCAUUUCCAAUUGAAACGUUCAAUUUCAAAAAUGAAAUUUUAAAGCUGGACACCUGCGCAGCGGUGGCCAUUGCAAUAUCAUCAGCAUCCAGUUAUUCGUUACGGCAGCACGAGUACUUUUAUUUAAAAUACAAGGAAAUACAUUAGCCUCUCAGAGACCACUGUGUGAGAGCUGUGGGCAGUUGUUAACUUUGAAUGGAAACUACUACCAGUGCACUGGGCAACAAUGAUUGCAAGUAGAUGGAGCUUAAAAUUAUGAUGUUUUCAUAACUUGCAAAAGAAAAUUGGGCAACUCAGGCAAAUUCAUCUGAAUGAAAGGACAUUUGUAUAGUGAUUCACACAGCCAUAGGAAAAAAAGUAGUCAAAUUUGUGUUCACGCAUUUAGGUGAUCACUUGAUGAUAGUUCUCCUCCAGUUGUGCUUAAAUUGUGUUCCUUGUAUCUGAAAUCUUUUUAUUGUUUUUGCGCUCCAUAUACACUAGGUACUGAGUUUCCAAGGUAUUUGGUGUUGAUAUUUAUGUUUAGGCUUGCAAAGCACUUGUCUUUCUAGUCAACUUCCCUCUGAGUGUAAAUGGCACGAAAGGUUUUCCAUUGACGCAACCUGACAUGAGCAAGCCACUGUCAACAGCUUUAUUGUUUAGGUAGUGUUAGCAGCCAGUAAUGAGUAAUUUACAAUGUGUUAGUUCAGACUCCAUUGUGACAGCAUUUACUGUACUCAGUAGUCAUAUAAUACAGUGCCUUUCAAUGAAGGGUUGCUAGUUGCACUACUGAUCAGUGCAUCACACACACACGCAACUUACUGCAACAUUUAAACUAUGACUCAGAGAUGUCAAGCUUGGUCAAUUUAGUUAAAUGUUAUUUGGAAUUUAGUAUUCCUUGUCAGGGAAGCUGAGUCAGAGCCUAGAAAAUUUGCAGCACAAAUGUUUCUUUCCAGGGCUUUUAAAAUGGAUGAUUAAUAGGUAUCUACCAAGGCGAUUUUAUAAGAGAGAAUGGAACUUUAGGGAAGAAGAUGGAGGCAAAGACAAUAACUAACAUGUACUUACAUUACUGGAGGCUGCCAUGGCAAUGUGUGUUCUGCCUCAGCAGUGUCCACCACACUCCUGGGACCUUAAAGAGAAUAGAAAAUAGUCACUGGUGGGCUGCUUUUCCAUAUACCCAAGUAAAUCUACUUACAUCACUAGGGUGCUUUAGUACCCACAUGGUUCCCCUCAAUCCCACCUCCCAAGAGUGGUACAUCCCCUGAGGACUCUGCCUUAUGUGUGGGAGAGAGAUGGGGAGGAGGAAUUCCUGAGUUACCUGAAGGGGCUCAGGGGGUGUCCUCAAUCCAAACCUGGACCUGGCUGACUUCCAUCUCUGGCUCAAACACAAGAGAGAAAGAAGUUAUAAGUUCAGCUGCAAAACAACAGAAAAAAUAUUCAUUUAUUUAUUAACUACUUUGUUUUACUAUAAAUAGUAUUGAGUAAUGGAUUAGAAAUCAUGAAAUGAAGAAAUUCAGCCCUAGUUCAUGGGUGCUCAAUAGUCUCUGCUCCUGCUGGACAGUGAUUCUCCUUGUCCUCUUUCAACAGGGAUCACACUAUUCUUCACCUUCCCGCCACUUCCCCCAAGUCCCUCCCGCGUGUACACAGCCAUUUCCCUCUAUGCAGGGUCCAGCCCUUGGGCCCUCCCAUGACGCACCUGGCUGUCUCAAAGCAGUAAAGUGCUGCUUCGCUGCUUCCCAGGGCCACUUCCUAUGAUGUCUGUCUCUUGUUAGGCCCUUCUCCUCAGCCUUUUGCCAUCAAUCCUCUGCUGAAACCCUCCUGGGUUUUGUUCCCAGUUCCCUGUCAGGGGCACCACCUCCAGCCUCGGUUCAGAUGCCUGGUCACUGGAGAGCACCACUGCUGUCCCCAGAUCUCUCCCAGCCACUGCCCUGCCUGUCAGCUUUCUCCCUUGUCUGAACAGCACAAUCUGCCUUUUAACCUGGCUCCUUCUUCCCAGCAGGCCUGGCUCCAGUCCCACGGUUUGGGCGGCACGUCAAACCUAGAUGGGAACUGGUCCUGAGUUCUUCCUAAAGUCCUAACUUGUCCUGUGCACGUGGCUCAUGACUCAUGCACCACUGCAGAUAGCACCAGACCAUUCAUACCUGUUUCAAGUGGCAACAAUGAAAUUUCUCUAAGGUAGACAAGGGUUAAAGCUCACAAAAGAAAGAUACUUAGUGUGUUGAGCUGACAGUGCCAGCUGACCACAGCACAAGGCUCAGGGAACCAAUACAUAUACAUCAGGCAAGAAUGUCACUGAAUGCUGGAGUAGGGUGGGAAAUGAUUUUCCCAUCCUGCAGAAUUUUUUGAGGUUUUGAAAUUUUUUCCCAUUCUGAAUCAGGACAAAAAGUCAAAAUCUUGAAUAUGUUGGUCGACUGAAAAAUCUGAAAAAAAUUUCAAAUCAGGUCAAUUGAAACAUUUCAUUUCAACUGUGCCUUUUCUUUUCAAUUGAAAAAGAUAGAACUUUUCAACAAUUUAAUUUUUUUGUUCAAAAAUAUUUCAAAAAAGGACAUUUGUGAAGCCAACCAUUUUCGGUGAAAAGUUUCAGUUUUGACAAAUUGCCAUGUCCCCAUAAAUAUUCUAUCACAGGAAAGGGGGGUGAGGGAAUGCUGUGAGGUAUACACACAUCCUGGGUUUCUAUGGAGAUUUAGAAUGUAUGGCAUUUACAUUCUGGGGAUUGUUUCAAAAGUUGGGAGUUUAAACCUCAGGAGGAGAGAUUCUCAACCUCAAAAAAUAUACCAAGAUGUCAGUCUGAAAACAGGUUGAGCAGAGGACUGACCGCUGUAUCGCGGAUGUGCAUGUCUUGGGCAAUGUCAGACCUGUGCAGAUACUAAGGCUUUGUCUACACUGGCAAGUGAACGACAAAACUUUUGUCAUUCAGGGGUGUUAAAAAAACCCCACACACUGAAAGACACCUUUUAGUGGCACAGCUGUAGCGGCACGGCUCUGUCACUAAAAGCGGCAUAGCGUAGACAAAGCCUAAGGGUUGUGAUUAGGAAAAUUCCUUUCUUCUUUUAUUUUCUAAUGUUGUUACAUUCCAAGGGUAAAAUUUAAUGUCCGUCCCUGGAGACCCCAUCCUGGGGGAUUUCAGAGUGUGGAGUGGUAAAAUAGACAUAGAGGAACUUCUGCAGCAGGUUUUGGGGAAGGGCAGAGCACUGACACAGAAGCAGCAAUACCCCCCAAGGCAGAUAUCCGCUGGGAUUUUGUGUCCUCCACAGACAGCAGGGGCAACAGAGCCUUCAAAAAAUAAGGCCCACACAAUGGCAUAUGACCAUGAUGCAGAAGACAUCCUGAAGCCUCUGGUCUUCCGUCUCCAUGAGAGCGUUCCUGAAGCAGUCCGUGAGGUCUUACUGGAACGUGGUUGGAGUGAAUUUGAUGAACAAGAGCAAGAUGAAGCAGACUGGAAUCUGUACUGGCAGAACUCCCCUUUCCGUAUGACUGACCACCGUAGCAUUAAACCAUGGCAGAGGCUCAAUCACUAUCCAGAAACAGUCAGGAUCACAAGGAAAGACUAUCUGGCAAGGCAUCUGAAACGCAUGAAGGGAAUUUAUGGACCAUCUCUUUACGAGUUUAGUCCAAUGGCAUUCAUCAUGCCUAACGACUAUGUCAAGUUUAUAGCAGAAUACACUAAGGAGAGACAGUCACAGGGCAGAAAGCCAAGCUACUGGAUUUGCAAGCCUGUGGGUCUAUCUCGUGGAAGGGGCAUUCUCAUUUUCCAGGACAUUAAAAACUUUGUAUAUGAUUGCAUGGUCAUUGUGCAGAAGUACAUUAGUAACCCUUUGCUUAUUUCUGGGUACAAAUGGGAUCUCCGCCUCUAUGUCUGUGUCACCAGUUUUUGCCCCCUUACCAUUUACACUUAUGAAGAAGGGCUAGUGAGGUUUGCCACUGAAAAGUUUGACCUUAGUUCUCUGGACAACGUCUAUGCCCAUCUGACAAACACCAGCAUCAAUAAAUUUGGCGCCUCGUACAAAAAAAAUAAAGAAGGGAUCGGCCGUGGCUGCAAAUGGACAUUCAGCAAAUUCCGUUCUUACCUACGCAGCCAUGAGGUGGACGACCUGCUUCUGUGGCGGAGAAUACACAACAUUGUAAUGCUGACCCUGCUCGCUAUAACCCCUUCUGUUCCACUGACGUCCAAUUGCUUUGAGCUCUUUGGGUUCGACAUUCUGAUCGAUGACACAUUCAAACCAUGGCUUUUAGAAGUAAACUACAGCCCAGCCUUGCGCCUAGACUGUUCCAUCGACAGAACAGUGAAAAAAAGACUUCUCCAUGACAUCAUUGAAUUGCUAAAUUAUAAGCAAACUGACACCUUGAGAGAAAACAAAGGGGCUGGCACUAAAGCUUCCUAUGCUGGUAGAACACACAUCCCCUUGACAGCACAGGGUGAAAAUGCAACAGAUGGUGCUCCUGAUUUCCUUGCUUCUAGGCAAGAAAGUGAAUGCACUGCCACUUCUGCAGUGCAGUCUCUCUUGGCGGUUACAGGAGGUGCGUUUAAGAAGGAGGCCAUAGUGAUGGAGAGAAUGGCCAGAACACAUCCAAGGAAAACACUAACCUCACAGCUCCGGGAAAGGAUGAACAGGCCGAAAACAUCUUCGCAAUCAAAGGCAGUGUCUAAAAGCAACCAGCUCUCAGGAGCUAGACACCCUGCACAUGCAUCUGUCCAAGUCACCCAUCGGUUGCCUACCACUGAGUUAUGUAACUACAAAUUAACUAUUCCUCCAUAUUUUCUCUCCACUAAAGACAAAAGGCCCUUCCCUCGAGUAGGUGAUUUUGUCCUUAUAUUUCCUUUCAACGAUGCUGCACUUGAAGCCUCCAGAAAUGGAAUAGAUGUAAAAAGCAUCAUACAAGAAAUACACAAGUUAAUGAACAAACAGUUGCCCCCAGGACAGCAGAGAGUAAAGAAGAGAAAAGAUUAUUUAACUUUUAGAUAACUCAGUAGAUGUUAGGAUAUAAGCUGCCACACAAUGAAAGAGGAAGACAAUAACCAGAUAUGAAUGGUGCUGGGCUAUUGACCCAUCUUAGCUGGUGGUUUAGUUUGAAGAUGGUGGGUAUGUGCGGAAGUCAUCUCAGAAAUAGGGAUCUUGCAAAACCACACACAAUUUGAAAAUGUCUCUUGUAAUUUAACAAUGACCCUGGGAAAUUAUUUUUUUAAAUUAAAUACUGAAUUGCAUAAUUAAUUUAUACAGUAUUCUUCUGCCUCUGAAAUAGUCUCAAAAUGAAAAUAUAAAAUUGCAUAUUCUUUCAAAAGCUUUAACAA